AUGGGAAUAACUGCGUGUUGCUGCUGCAGCAGCAAAGAUGCCGCCAUUACCAUCGGAAUCUGGUCGUUGGUAAGUCGUUUUUGCGAUGCAAUGCGGGGCGAAAGACGAGUGUUUGAUAUUAUCGGUUCGCAGGUGUAUGCUCUCGCGUCACUGCUUCUGUUCGGGUGGCAAACGGGCGUGCUCAAUCACUGUCGAGCCGUCACAAUGGCGCAGUCGAAUUUGCAGUGCGAGUGGGAUUGUCCGUGCGUCGGCGCUUCCACUAAACGCACCGCCGCCAUUAUCGAAGGCAAGUUUUCGAGAAAAGGACAAUAUCAUCGGAGAGGAGAGAGAGAGAGAGAGAGAGAGUGUCCGCCCGUUUGCCACCCCAGAGAGCCCAAAAACAGCCGUCAUUUCGUUCGUGUGAAUCGUUUUGAGUUCAGCUCCUGGUAUUCCAGGUCUCCUCGAUCGCGCAGCUCGGAAUAAUGGGGUGGCAAAUGGCGGCGAUCAAGUACGAACGCGACCGCGCGGCGAACACUCUUCUGCCAAACUAUAACACGUACGGACGCUUCGAUAUACCCUCCUACUUUGAGAGUUAUUGGCAGAGUCCUGAGGAGCGGUAUUAUACAGGUAGGCGCCGACUUUGAGUGCACAUUGUAGAGCCAGCAGAAGUGAUAUCUUUCUGAAACGUUUUCGAGUGUAAUGUUCACAUCUUUUACUACAUUUUUCCUCUUGACAACUUUUUUAUACGACCACUUCCAAGAGUACUGUCGCUCUUCGAAGUUGAGGCUUGCCAACCAGAAGUGUAAUGCAACUUUCAUGAGCUACAGUACCUCGGCGAGUGGUUUUAUCAAAAAGAUGUCAACUACAAAAAUGAAGUGCACAUUUUGAACUUUAUUUUUCUAGUUGACAACUUUUCGAUACGCCUACGUAGAAAAGUAUUGUAGCGCUUGGGAACGCGCGAAAAACCUUUGGCUAUUGUUGAUUUCCAAGCGUUAAAGCACUUUUCAGAGUUGUCUGCCCCCUAAUUUUUCACACGAACCCAAAAACUCGGCCAUCUCCUAAUCCCUCACUUUUUCAGGUCUUUUCGUGAUCCAAGUGCUCUGUCUCAUCGCCGCCUUCUUCUUGGUUUUCGCCUCGGCGGCCAUGAUCUACGGCAUCCACACGUGGUCGAAAUACCUGGUCUGGCCGUGGUUUCCCGUGAUGAUCUCGUCGAUUCUGGCCACUUUGGCCUACUGCAUCAUGUGGUGGUGUGGAGAUGUCAGGGACUACUGGCUCGCAAUCACAAUCAUCGAAAUCAUCGUGGUUUUCAUCAAUGUAAGUGGGGGGAACCACCUGGGCUACUGUUUAUCUAAAACGGUAUAUCUCAACUGUAGUUGGAGAUUUCAAAAAGGUGUCAACUAACAAAAUGCUUAGAAAGAAAUGCUGCACAUUUUAUCAGUUGACCACUUUUUGAUACCACCACCGGAAACUGCCAAUUUUCCAGAUCUAUUGCGUGGUCGUCGUGAUGUUCUACUACAAUCGGAUCAACGCGACGACUGACGAGUACGAGGGGAAGGAUAGACGGGGAGUACGGUACAAGAUCAAUCGGCACGGGAACAGCCGAAGGGACCUUCUCGAAUCGUACGACGACGGAGUGCACAGAAGCCCGCCAAUGAAGCACGGAGCCCCUUACAAGCGUGAGUCCUCAGCAGUUAGACGUACAAUAUCGAAACGUUCAGCUCUUGCUCAACCGUACCCGGUCCCAGUUUAUCCGAGUUAUUCGCGAGCUGGAGUGCCGCAGACGCCGCUUCCGUUGCCGCCGGCUCAGGCGAACACUCCGUACCCGCUGGAUGCGACGGAGAUGAAGUUCGCGAUGGAGCCCAAAGUGAAGAGCAUCAGGGCGCUGGACGAGGAUCCCGUCGGCUCGUGGGUCCGCGAGCAGCAAUCGAUUGGUACGUACGUGCAUGCAUGCUCUCUCUCUUUCUAACCGCAUGCUCUUCUGUUCCGAACCGUUGCUCUCAUUUUCAGCGUUGCUUACAGAUCGGAGCCACGAGGCGCGCAGUGAGCCGAUCACGACGAGCAAGCAGGUACAGGCGACGACCACGUUGCACGUGAGCUUCACGCCAUCUUCACCACUUUUCAACGCUUUCUUUUCAGCGCACCCGAUCCGUGCCAUCGCUCCACAACGGAACGCUCGUCUCGCAUCGAGAUUGCGAUCACCGCGACAAGCACCGAUCCUCGUCGCGCCGUCGCAAAUCGAGAAGCCGUCACGAGUACGACGGCUACUCGUCCGAAUCGGAUCCGAGCGAAUUCACGCGCGCACACCGUCAUCGAUCGAGCAGCAAACGACGCCAUCGCAGCCGUUCACGGUUCGACGACGCGGAUUACGAUUCGGAGGCGGAGAGGGAGCGAGAGCGAGAGAGACGACGAUCGAAACGACACAGACACGGAGGCAGUCAGAGGAGCAGCUCGCGGAAGCAUCGGGAAGAUCGGAGGGAUCGGAGGGAGGAUCGGGAGAGGGAGAGGGACCGAGACUCGAAAGAUAGAGACGAUCGACGGGGCCGAAGGGAGACGGACCGGAAGAACCGGCACCAGGACUCGCAGGAGACGUCCGGCGGCUCGCAGGACAUGAGUUUCCCGCUCUCGGGCGGAAUUUCGAUCCCUCAGCACAUUGUGAUCCCGCCGUCUUCCGGGGAACGCGGGCCUGACGGACAGCCGGUGCCGCAGAAGUAUCACAUCAAUUCGGAGAUCACCAUCAACUACGAUCACAACGGACGGCCGGUCGUUGGGGACCAGCGGACGAGGGACCGGGAGAUGCCAAUCCUUGAGGAACCCUAUCGGAGACGUCAACCGGUGAGUAAUCCACCAAAGACGACAAUAUCGUUGAGUACUAUCCAUUCAAACGGAUAUAUCUCAACUGCCGGUGGAAAUAUCAAAAAGUUGUCAACUAACAAAAUGUCCAGCAAGAAAUUUGACACAUUUUUUUAGUUGACCACUUUUUGAUAUCUCUACAGAUAGCUGAGAUACAUGAGUUUCAAAAACCCCCUCUUUUCAGAUGCAAAUCCAAUCCACAUUCUGA